AUGGUGCUCCAAAAGGCCAUCGCCGCAGCACGAGAGGGAGACCUACAGGGCCUCAGAGAGCUCGCCCAAACUGGAUGUCUGACCGGCGCCAUUGUGGAUGCUCAAGGGGCGGGACUGAUGCACCAUGCCGCACGUUGUGGCCAGCUGGACUGCCUUUGCUUUCUAGCAACUGAAGCAGGACUUGCAGCCGAUACAAAGGCCCUUAAUGGAGCCACGCCGGUCCAUGAUGCUGCAGCUACAGGUCACACACGGGAACUGAAGUGGCUCGUACAGGUUGCAAGAUGUAACGUAAAGGAUCAGGACUCUGGUGGGGCCACUCCUCUCCAUCUGGCGGCUCGGUUCGGGAGGGUUGAGGCUGUAAACUGGCUGCUGGCUCAUGGUGCUGAAGCAGAAGUGGAGACAAACUGCGGUGCCCUUCCUGCCCACUAUGCCGCAGCAAAGGGUGACCUCACCUGCUUGAAGCUGCUGAUUGGUCGAGCUCCAGGGAGUAUUAAUCGACAGACAAAUAUGGGUGCCACACCGCUGUAUCUGGCUUGCCAGGAGGGCCAUCUGCAUGUUGUGGAGUAUCUGGUGAAAGACUGCCAAGCUGACGUGCAUCUGAGAGCCCAAGAUGGCAUGACACCACUGCAUGCUGCAGCUCACAUGGGCCAUCAUUCACUGGUGGUGUGGCUGGGGACCUUUACUGACAUCAGCCUGUCCAGUCAAGAUAACGAAGGGGCAACCGUUUUACACUUUGCUGCCAGUGGGGGGCACCACCAUGUCCUAGAGAGGUUGUUACAGAUGGGAUCAAAGGUCAAGAAAGAUUAUUGGGGUGGCACUCCUUUACAUGAUGCUGCAGAGAACGGGGAGAUAGAGUGCUGUCGAAUUCUCCUGAGUCAUCAGAUCAACACAAAGGAAAGAGAUAUAGAUGGAUUCACGGCUGCUGAUCUGGCUGAAUACAACGGCCACUUUGACUGUGCCAGAUACCUUCGAUCUGUGGAGAGAAACCUCUGUCCAGCUGCUCAGCCUCUGGAGGAAAGCGGUCCAAUAGAAGAAGAGCUUAGGGAGAAACCAGCGGUGUUACGGCAAACUAGUUCUGAUUAUUACAGACAGAUCACUAAUACAGACAUGGACAGGCUUAAGCACCCUGAGACUGAAGAUUCCCCUCAAGCUCGCUACCCCCCUGCAUCUCUUUCACCUCCUCUACCCAAAUCCACCACUACCCCCUUGGUCACCGAUCCAUCUUCUACCAUACAUGGGAACACUUUCCAGAACGUUCACAUGGCCACUACGGUGGUGAAGAACCUAAGCUCCAGUACGCCUGCAAGUAAACCAGUACCAGAGAAGGGGAAACUGCUGAUGGGAGAAAUGAAACUCGGAGAUGUUAAAUCUAUUGCCAGCCUUACGAAAUCUGGAUUGACAGCUGAUUUGGCGUUUUCAAAUAAAAUGGUGGUCUUACCGACAGAGGAGGCUAAUUUGUCUGAUAUCGAUUACCUGGUGCCCAUGCAUGAUGAAAAGGGCAGACCUAUAGCAGAAUGGAAAAGACAGGUGAUGGUACGACAGCUACAGGCCAGAUUAUUUGACCAGGAAAGCCAAAGGAUUAAGGAGAAUGGUAGUAGACAUGCAAAGAUGGACAGUUGGAGGUUCUCCCAGGCUCACAAUGCCAUCCUUGGUCCCUUUGGAGAACUUCUAACAGAGGAUGACCUCAUCUAUCUAGAGAGGCAAAUUGAAAGUGUCUCAAUGCAGAAACACUGCGAGGGCUAUGAAAUGGAACUUGCACGUCUAGCUGAAGAACUACGCAACAUUCUCCCAGCACCCAUUGUCAACAUCACAGUCAACACCCAAUACAAGAAUGCUACGCAGACUCCUUUACCUGUUUGGUGUAACCGUAUUUCAGGCAUUGUGAAGAGUAUGUCACUACUUAUGACAAACCUUACAGAUCAGCCUUACUGCAAAAUGCCAAACACGGAGCUUGUGAAUGUUUUCUCUCAGGCCUCAGAGAGGCAAGCAACCAAUAGAGGAAGGAGGGAAAAGAUAGAAAAUGAGAUUCACCAAUUUGGGGUCUCUGUGAGAAACCUAAAGUCCAACUUUGAGAAUCAGAACGAUUCUUCAUUGGAGGAUUUAAUGAGGACUGAAUCAUUGGUUCAACAAGACCAAGAGCCAGUUAAGAAUGGGUUUGAUGACGUCUCUCAGAAACAAGAUCAAGGAAUGGAGGCUGAUCUUGAUGAUGAUGAUACAUCUUUCGACUAUGUCAUCAGUGAUGCCAUGGAAAGUACAACCCUGAGAAAAGAACGUAUUGUGGUGUUGUUCUUGGGUCAUUGGAAGAAGUCUGCUUAUACUGUAACCGUAAGAAAUGCUCAGAGGAAACAAAGUGUUGAUUCACUGGAAAUAAAGAAGCCCAAGUGUGAGCGUAAAACUAGCUUGGAUAUCUCUCAGAAGAGGACCAUGGAGAACGGUAAACUGGGGCACUUUUUCAAGCAGAGAAGUGCCAUCAAUAAGAUGAUUGGGAACUGGAGAAGCAUGAUCUCAUUUGUCCCAUCAAGGCAGAUCCGAAGACUCAACCGACAGCAGGCAAUUUACUCACCUGAGCAGUUCCUGCCUCGUGUGGAUGGAUCUCCCAUCGACUACGACACCCUGACACUCGAUCUCUUCAUGCUUGGCUACUUUCACAUACUGGAGCUGGAUUUGCCACCGGAUGAGAGAAAAAUGAGACACCUCUUGUGCUUUGAAGUGUUCGACCAUGUGGGCCGUUUUACCUGGGAGACCGUCCGGGAUUUUCACAAAGCUGUAAUUCAGGACAUUGAGGCUGGAAAUCGGGAAUGGAAGGAUGGAUUUGAGGACAUUAAAGUAAAGUUCUUCGGAGAUGGAUCAGGCCAGCCAGAGCUUGAACAUUCAGAACAGACCACAACAGUAGAAACGAGGCGUGUGCCUAAAGUCAUCGUACAGACGCCCACUCCAGAUGAGAGUGAUGUCCUGAGAAGUAAUGCAGAUAUUAGUAGUUUAACUAAUGAGGAGAUUUGCAAAUAUAUUGAUCGUAGUUUUGCAUUCUGGAAGGAAAAGGAGGCUGAGAUAUUUGAUUUUGAAGAAUGACAGUAAGCCUGUUUGGGUGACGCGGGGGUGUACAUAAAGAUUUUUUUAUCUUCAAGAAUAUAUUUUUGAUUUGAUUUAGAAUUGACUAGUACUAAUAAUUAUACAGCUGUGACAUUUACAGGUGUUGCAUGUGAGUUUUUGACUCUAAAUCUAAAUCAUAAUAAUACGAAUAUAUGUUUGCAGAUAUUUAAGUAACAUGCUUGUUUAUCUGAAAAACAAUACUAUUGUCAGAAUGUCUGUCUUUGUUUUGGUCAGUGUAACUCUACCCACUGCAAGUUUACCCACUAAUAAUUUGGCAUGCAGGGUUGCCUUGGUGGAUUACACAUAGUAUUUCAUUUCAGUCAUGAAAGCUGCUUCAAUAAAUUCAGGUGCAGCCAAAAAUACGACCUCUGGAGGGCUCCAAACUCCAAAAUGAGAGACAGAUUCAGAGUUAUAAAACUCUAUAUGAGAUGGUUUUUAUUUAGCUAAAAAUUAUAAUAUUACAAACGUAAACAACUGAUCAGCAAUCAGUAAGGUUCGAUCUUAAGGAACGCUUGCGAUCUGUUGACGUUGUCAAUCUAGCAACUUGUGUGACUCAUGUCUGAGGAGGAGGGGCCAGAUGAAAAAAAAAGCCCUAUCCGAUAUUUUGAAUUUGCACUGCAAUACUUUGUUCAACCACUAGGUGUCAAUCCAACAUACUGCACCUUUAAGGCAUCAUUUUGCCAUUUAUUCUCCAAUUUUUCAGGAGUGUAAAAUGGAAGACUGCCAUAAAUAGAUGUUUGUUACUCUUUUCUGAUUAUUUAUUAUCAGUAUGCGAUGAUUUAAGUUACUUCAGUUCAGUUUUUGUUACUUACUACGAAUUUGACAUUUACUUACAGCGGGCUGGUAUGUUUUGAUUUGCACCAAUA